AAUCGAAGUUGUUAGUUGAAAAUUUAAGUUCAUUCGCAACGAAUUAAAAAUAGUAAUUUAAAUUUGUUUACCUACGAGUUUGUUUUUCUUUUUCUUCAAAAUAAUAUGAAGUUAUUAAUAUUCGUCAACGUAGUUAUUUUAAUUUGUUUACAUUUGACAGUAAUUGUUGUCAAUGGAAAUAUUGAUCCACAGAGAAGAGUUGCAACAAUUCAUCAACGAAUGACAGCUGUACGGAGUUCACGAGAAGGCAAUCCAAGACCGAUUGCUUGGGAAAAUAAUAAAAUUCCAACAAUUGAUCGAAAAAUAGAAUCUCUUCAUAGAUUCCGAAGAGUUCGUAAAUCAGUGACAGCAUAUCCAAAACAUCACCUUCUUCAACCAAUCGAAGUGCCAUUAGAUGAAGCCGCACCUAAAGAAGGCCUAAAUUCUACCACAGCUCCUUAUACGGAUAACCAUCAUUCUUGGAAAAAGACACCAGUAAUUCUGCAACAAGUUUAACAAUAUUUAUGUUAUUGCUGACAUUUGUGCUUUUGUUGACGUGUUAAUAUUGAUGGUGAUUAAAAUAUGUUUUUAAAAUUAA